ACUUUGAUAUCUCCUAAACCCUACAUCUUAUCUCUGUGUGUGGGUCUCUCUCUCUCUGUAUCGCUCGGAGCUCCAGCCAUGGAACUCUUCUCUCUCCAGUCCGUUCUCCUCCUCUCCAUCUUCCUCUACCUCUACCUCUACGUCUUCCUGCCACCUUCCCACAUCAAGCACACCAAGACCCCCGGCUUCCGCCUCUACCCCGUCGUCGGAGUCCUGCCGGACUUCCUCUGGAACCGCCACCGCUUCCUCGACUGGAUGGCCGGCGUCCUCCGCUCCGCCCCCACCAAUAGCGUCGUCUUCUGGCGCCCCGGCGGCGUCCGUGGCGUCCUCACCGCGAACCCCGCCGUCGUGGAGCACGCGCUCAAGACCCACUUCGAGAACUACCCGAAGGGCGACAAGUUCAUCGCCCUCCUCCGCGACUUCCUCGGCGAGGGGAUCUUCAACUCCGACGGCGAGCUCUGGCGGGUCCAGCGCAAGACGGCGAGCUACGAGUUCAACACCCGGUCGCUGAGGCAAUUCGUCAUGCACAACGUGACCGUGGAGAUUGAGUCCCGGCUGGUCCCGAUCCUGUCCCGGGCCGAGGCGGCGGGCCGCGUCCUGGACCUGCAGGACCUGCUCGAGCGCUUCGCGUUCGAUAACAUAUGCAAGCUCGCCUUCAACGUCGACCCCGGGUGCCUCGCCGGCGACGGCACCGGCGAGGGGGAGUUCAUGCGGGCGUUCGAGGAGGCCGCGAGGAUCAGCUCCGAGCGGUUCAUGUCCGCCUUCCCGCUGCUGUGGGUGCUCAAGAGGCGGCUCAACGUGGGGUCGGAGCGCCGGCUGAGGGAGUCGAUCGCGACCGUCCACAAGUUCGCGGAGGACAUCAUACGGUCGCGGAUGGAAGAGAGCAGGGAGGCUCACGACGAGGAUUUGCUCUCGCGAUUCAUCGGCCACGAAAGCGUCUAUGAGAAUGGCUCUGCCUCGACCGAGUUCCUCCGAGACAUCGUGAUCAGCUUCAUCCUCGCAGGGCGCGACACCACGUCGUCGGCUCUGACCUGGUUCUUCUGGCUGCUCUCUCUCCAUCCGGAAGUGGAGCGGAAGAUCUUGAGCGAGCUCGAGAAAAUCCGGAAGCAAAGCGGGAAGAGUUCUGGCGACCCGUACAGUAUCCAUGAACUGAGGGACAUGCACUACCUGCACGCGGCCAUCUCGGAGGCGAUGCGGUUGUAUCCGCCUGUGCCGGUGGACACAAAGGCCUGCCUGGAGGACGACGUCUUGCCGGACGGGACCUUCAUUGGGAAGGGCUGGUUCCUUUCGUAUGACACGCACGCGAUGGGAAGGAUGGAUGGGAUAUGGGGUGAGAACUGCCACGAGUUUGUCCCCGAGAGGUGGAUCGACGAGAGCGGGUUGUGCCGGACGGAGAGCCCGUUCAAGUACCCAGUUUUCCACGCGGGCCCGAGGAUGUGCCUCGGGAAGGACAUGGCGUUCAUCCAGAUGAAGUCGAUUGCCGCCUCCGUGCUGGAGAGGUUCGAGAUCGACGUGCUGGGUCAAGACGCGACCCGCGAGCACCAGCUGUCAUUGACGCUGAGGAUGAAGGGUGGACUUCCCGUGAGGGUGCGGAAGAGAUGCAUGGACUGAUAUCCUCCAUUGAGCUGCUGGUUGGCAAGAACAAAAUGGAUUCGCAAGCAUGUGAUGUAUAUGAAUAAUCUGUGUUUGUUUUUCUUACCGCGUAUUUAACUUUCUCAAAAGUUCCCAUGGUGGAAGCAAAGCUAAAGCAUUCCUUAAUCUCGACGAGACACCGCCUCUGGUGCCAAUAGCCAGAUGCAUCGAUCCAUGGAUAGAUCGAUCAAGCAUUUUGGAUCUCCAGAUACAACAAAGUUGCGCUUAGAGAAAUUUCGAAUAGGCAGUACGAUCGUGAAAUCCAAA